AGCCAAAAGCAAAGCAUAAGGCGCAGAAGCUUCAGCUCCAUUGACUCCAAUCUCCCAAUUCCCCCUUCUCCGUUUCAAUUACAGAAAAUGUCAUAGUCCCGGAAAUACCCACCACCUGCUCGACGGAAUCCCUCACUCAAAAUGGAGUCUAGCAUCCUGGAAUCAAUAGGGCAAGAGAUCAUAGGCGUGAUGUCUCCGGUCUCCAUCUGCAUGCUCCUGGUGGUCCUUCUCGUCUAUGCUCUCACCCCCAACAACCCCUUCUCUUCCAAUUCCGCUCCCAUCCGCACCGCAGCCAAUCUCGUCUACCUUGAGAGCCCCUCCGACACUGCAACCCAGAAGCUCGAGGGGGCCCUGCUUAAUGCCGUGGUCUUCAUCAUACUCAUUGCAGUCGUCACGUUCCUGCUGGUGGUCUUGUAUUACUACAACUGCACCAACUUCUUGAAGAACUAUAUGCGCUUCUCUGCUUUCUUUGUGUUGGGUACCAUGGGUGGUUCAAUCUUUUUGUCAAUCAUCCAGCAUUAUUCCAUACCUGUUGAUUCAAUCACCUGCUUCCUCCUGCUGUUUAAUUUUACUAUUGUCGGUGUAUUAUCAAUGUUUUCCACUGGGAUACCAAUUAUCAUAAGACAAGGGUAUAUGGUGUUAUUGGGAAUUAUUGUGGCAGCUUGGUUUACAAAAUUGCCGGAAUGGACUACGUGGGUUUUGCUGGUGGCAUUGGCUUUAUAUGAUUUGGUGGCAGUUUUGGCACCUGGUGGACCACUUAAGUUGUUGGUGGAGUUAGCCUCAAGCAGGGAUGAGGAGCUCCCAGCUUUGGUAUAUGAAGCUCGGCCAACGGUUUCACAAGGUGAAGGAAAUCAAAGAUCGAGUUUGAGGCUUUUGGUUGCUGGAGCUUCUGAUUCUAGGUCAGUGGAGAUGCAGGCAGUAUCAAAUGAUAAUGCUCAUCAAGAUAUGACUGUAAAUGGCCAGAAUUCUGAGUAUACUGCUGUUUGUGUUAGGAAUUUUGGCAAUGCAGAAGGUGAAGGUACUAGAGAUGCAGGGGAGAGGUCCCCCUUGGUUACCAAUUUGAGGGAGAGACAUUUAUCAAGUAGCAGCUCAUCAGAGUUUUCUACAGUGGUUGGCAAUAUGGAGUCUGAAAUUGUUGUCGAUGAAGAAAUGUCUCCUCUUGUUGAAAUGUUGGGAAUGGAGAGCAGGAGAGAGCAAUCGAGAAGGGAUGGCACAGAGGAUUCAGUGGUAGCAAGUAAAGGCAUCAAGCUUGGCCUUGGAGACUUUGUCUUCUACAGUGUUUUGGUAGGUAGGGCAGCAAUGUAUGAUCUAAUGACUGUAUAUGCUUGUUACCUUGCCAUCAUCUCUGGACUUGGCUGUACUCUUAUUUUGUUGGCUGUUUGCCGCCGAGCUCUGCCUGCCCUUCCUAUAUCUAUUGCAUUGGGUGUGCUUUUCUAUUUCUUGACUCGAUUGUUAAUGGAACCUUUUGUUGUUGGAAUGGCAACAAAUCUGGUAAUGUUCUAGUCCUCCAUUUUUUGUGGGAGAUGAGAAGAAGGAGAAGAAGAAGAAAUGCUUUCUCUGCUUGAGAAAAUAUUAGGAAAAUACCGAUGUUUCUGUGGACAUGAUUUUUGUAUAUGUAGUGGACAGCCUUUCAGCAACCUGCAACUUCGUACUAUUGUAAUUUUUCUUUGGUUCAAGUUUGGAUUUAAUAGGGCGGCUUCUUCAAGACAGUCUAGUUAUUCAUUGAAUGUAACUUCAUUUGGUAAUUCAUAGAAUUUGAAAGUACUACUCCAUUGUUUUCCUUUAUGUUCCUUCUUUUUGUUUUUCCUUUUUUUUUUGCUUUUCGCCUUGCAAUGAAGAUUGCAAUGACAAUCCUGACUACUUGAGUAAUAAGCUGAUAUGAAGUGACCAGCUAAGGCAUUUCAUAGAAUCAUUUAAUUGUAUGAUGAACAUAAUAUUCUGCUAAACUAGUUCAUUAUGUUCUUAUCUUUGGAGAAAUAAAAGAAUUAAAAACAUAUCUUUUGGACUAUGCUUAAUGGUGAGAAGCAUGCUUGGAUAUAGGAAGAGACAGAAUAUAUUUGCUCUAAUCUUUUUGUCUUGUCUUUGUAUCUGCUUGUUAUUCAUAUAAUAAUAAGCUCAUGCUGUUGUUUCCUCAUGUCACCACGCAGAAAAUAAUGACAAUUUUUAGUG